AUGGCACCAGUAUCUUUGCCUCCCGGUUUCCGGUUUCAUCCCACCGAUGAAGAACUUGUUGCUUACUAUCUCAAACGGAAAAUUAACGGCCAUGAAAUCGAGCUCCAAGUUAUCCCUGAGGUUGAUCUCUACAAGUGCGAACCCUGGGAUUUACCAGGGAAAUCGUUGUUACCAAGCAAAGACUUAGAAUGGUAUUUCUUUAGUCCAAGAGAUCGUAAAUACCCAAAUGGAUCAAGGACAAAUCGUGCCACGAAAAGUGGGUACUGGAAGGCAACAGGGAAGGAUCGGAAAGUAAACUCACAAUCACGAGCCAUGGGGAUGAAGAAAACCCUAGUUUACUACCGAGGGAGAGCACCCCAUGGUUCUCGUACCGACUGGGUUAUGCAUGAAUAUCGUCUUGAUGAAAGAGAAUGUGAAACCGCAUCUGGCUUACAGUUGCAGGAUGCUUAUUCGCUUUGUCGAGUGUUCAAGAAGAGCUUGAACGCUCCAAAGGCGACCACCACGGGAGACCGUUAUGCAACCGCAGCUAGUGAUCAUUCGUCAUGUAUCGAUCUUUAUUCCGACGGAGGAAGAGGAGGUGAAGAUAUGGAGACUUGCAAUUAUCCAACACCACCAAUGGCUUCUACAAUCAUCCAUGGAUCAAAUGGUAUAAUUAGUGAUAGAAGUGAUGUCAAAUGGACUCAGUACUUAUCAGAAGAUGCAUUCACCUUCACAAAUCCAUCCUUUCCCAACUGUGGCAAUCUUCCUUAUCCACCAUCAAAGGUUGAUAUAACUUUGGAGUGUGCAAGGUUGCAGCAUAGGUUAUCGUUACCUCCAUUGCAGGUACAAGAUUUUCGACACCACGGCACGUCUAACUAUAUCGAGAACGUACCACAAUCAAGCAACGGACCAACGAUGGGUUCUCAGCAGGAUCUGUUGCACGAAAUCCUUUCGGUGGCUCAAGUUUCUAUCAAUCAGGAUGAAUGGGUUGGAAGUUUUGCAGCUGGAAAUGAUAACGAUUUUUCGUUUCUGGCUAACAAUAGCAAUCAAAUGCAAGAUGUGGGCUCGUUUAGGUUCAUGGGAGACGAUCAAAAUGCAAGGUCGAUCGAGAUUGGUGGUCUCGAUGAACAAAUGGAACCCGACCGGAUGGUGGAGAAUUUGAGAUGGGUCGGGAUGUCGACCAAGGAUCUUGAAAUGGCCUUCUUGGAUGAUUACAAGAGUGUUACAGUGGAAAAUACAUCAAGUUUUCAGAGGGAGGAACAAGAGGUUCAAGUUGCAGAAGAAAACCUUCAUAACAACAACUUCACCAACAACACAGACGACCAUUUCUCACUCGAACUCCUUAACCAAAAUCAGAACGAUCUUCACGACAACUUCUUAGACGACUGUGAUUUCUCGACCAAUAAUCCAACCUUGGAAACUUACGAGAAAACCGAAAUCAGUCAUGGUCUACUGGUCUCAACACGACAGGUUUCGGACACAUACUUUCACAGGAUGGUGCCAUCACAAACAGUGAAGAUCCAAGUGAACCCAGGAACAUUGGCAACACAUGAAACAAAGCAAUACAAAAAUUCGUUCGAAACUGUUGCAGGUUCUUCAAAGGUGAUCAAUAAGAGCAACAGCAAGGAGACAACGACGAACCCACUCACGAACCUGGUUUCUUUGCUCUUAAUAUGUUGCAUAUAUCCAUCAAUGGCAGAUAAUUAUGAAGAAGAUGAUGCAAUAAAGAUGAAAAAGGAACAAGGAUCAUGGAGAAUGUUGAAGAAUGUGGUGAUAUGGCCUGCAUGUGUGACUUUGGCUUUAGCAGUUUCUACUAUUUGGAUGCAUCAUAAUUACUUGCCUAAUUUUUCUUGA